AUGGCAACCUCCGACCUGGACGGGUUCCUGCAGCCCCUGGCCAUCGACGACGAGACGGUGCUUGAGCUCUCGCGCGAGCUGGCCUCAACGUUUCGCAAACUGUCCGCCGAGUCUCUGGACCAGUUCUUGCCGACUCCCAUCUCCGAGGCCGGCAAGUCUGGCUCCGCCCCCGUUCCCGGCGGUACGAACCUGCGAGUCGGCUUCGUUGAACUGCUAGGCGGUGACGAGCCUGGCCCGCGCGAGCUAAACCGCCUCCUAGAGCAGUCCUGGCCCAUCCAGGAGCACCUGAAGCACCAGAAUUCCGAGAGCCUGUUCUCGUGGAUCGGCGCCCGCGUUGCCGAUGUGGUGCACCGGGGGGCUGCAGCUUUUGGCCUGUCCGCCGCCGACGAGCUUCCCAUGGGCGUCGCCUUCAGCUUCCCAAUGCGGCAGAAAUCGCUUGCUGAAGCCAUCCUCAUGCCCAUGGGAAAAGGCUUUGCCGUCACGUCCAAUCUAGACCUCGGCGGCCACCUCGUUGCGGGCUACGAGAAACACAGGGCCGCCGGUCUGCCGCGCAUCAGGGUCGCAGCCAUCGCCAAUGACGCCGUGGCUACCCUCGUCUCGUUCGUCCACCGGUUCCCUGCAAAGUCCCACCAAAAGGCCGCAAUGAGCUUGAUCGUUGGGACCGGCUGCAACGCCACGCUGCCGCUGAAGCUCAGCACCCUGCACGAGAGUAAGAGGCCCGCCGCUAUCAGCGUCCUGCCGGGCCAGGAAGCCCCGGAUGUCAAGAUUGCCGUCAACACGGAGUGGAGCAUCAAAGGGUCCGCGCCGCCGCUGCGAAAACUCGGUCUGAUCUGCAGGUGGGACGCCGAGUUAGACCAGGCCGGGGAGCUGCCCGGCUUCCAGCCGCUCGAGUACAUGACUGCCGGACGCUAUUUGGGCGAGCUGGCACGCCUCAUCUUCGUCGACUACUAUGGGACGAUCCUCGGCCGCCGCGUUAGCAAUCUUCCCAGGAGACUUCUCCAGAGAUUCGGUCUUACGACAACGUUCAUCAGCCAUCUUUACCCGGACAGUCCCAAGGGGCCCAUGCUGUCCCAGGUAGAGCAAGAGUUUCCACCCCAGGACGCCUCAUUCCGAUGGACAUCGGAGCUGGCGGACGCGCUCUACCGCAUCGCGAAGGCCAUCGAGCUGCGCGCAGCCGGCAUUGUCGCUGCGUCGACUGUCGGCCUCCUGCAGUGCGCCGAGGAGAUAGCAGACGCGCCGAGUUCAGGCAUCACAGAGCUUGCUGUCGGUUACACUGGUGGCUGUAUCCAGCAUUUCCAGAACUAUCUGGAGGACACCCAGAGGUUCAUCGACCGUAUCUUAGACAUCGAAUUCGCUGGCCGUGCCCACGCCCGCGUCCUCCUUACGCCAUGUCACGACGGCGGCAUCACCGGAGCGGGAAUCCUCGUACCAGGCGCUCUCGCGAGCCACAGCACAUAG